CCAGAACUGUUGUCUUCCGUUUCCCCUUUCCUCUAAAUCGAAAACUUUAUUAGACCUUGAUCCAAGAAAAAUCCCGCAAUGUUUAGAAACACUGCCUUGAAGGCCACCAACAGCGGCAUGCUGCGUGGUGCGACCUCUUCAUCAUGCCGGCGCUCAUUCCACCUCGCCACGAGUGCUCGCAGCGCUUCAAAAAGCUCCGGCUUCAACAUGACCGCUCGUCGGCCUCUUGCUGUUGUCGACCGUGCUUUCAACGGUGCCCGGUCCUACGCGACCCCCGCGGAGGGCCAAAUUCAAGGAGUGGACCCCAACGAUUCUUUCCUUACUGGUAGCACUGCCAACUACAUCGAUGAGAUGUACAUGGCAUGGAAGCAGGAUCCCUCGAGUGUUCACAUCUCAUGGCAGACUUACUUCAAGAACAUGGAGGAGGGCAAAAUGCCUAUCUCCCAGGCCUUCACUCCUCCCCCUACCCUCGUCCCCACCCCUACCGGUGGUGUCCCCCAAGAUAUGCCCGGCCAGGGACUUGCCGGUGGUGCUGACGUGACGAACCACUUGAAGGUUCAGUUGCUCUGCCGCGCCUACCAGGCCCGUGGUCACCACAAGGCCAAGAUCGACCCUCUCGGCAUUCGCGGAGAGGCCGAGGCCUUUGGCUACGACAAACCCAAGGAGCUCGAGUUGGACCACUACGGUUUCACCGAGAGUGACUUGAGCCAGGAGUUUGCCCUUGGACCCGGUAUCUUGCCCCGUUUCAUCACCGAGACCCGCAAGAAGAUGACUCUGCGCGAGAUCAUCGCCACUUGCGAGAAGAUCUACUGCGGCUCUUACGGUGUUGAGUACAUUCACAUUCCCGACCGCAAGCCCUGCGAGUGGAUCCGUGAUCGCUUCGAGAUCCCUCAACCUUACAACUACUCGGUUGACGACAAGCGCCGCAUCCUUGACCGUCUCAUCUGGUCUUCCAGCUUUGAGUCCUUCCUCGCUACCAAGUUCCCCAACGACAAGCGCUUCGGUUUGGAGGGUUGCGAGACCCUGGUCCCCGGUAUGAAGGCCCUGAUCGAUCGUAGUGUCGACUACGGCAUCAAGGACAUCGUCAUCGGUAUGCCUCAUCGUGGUCGUCUUAACGUUCUGUCCAACGUUGUCCGCAAGCCCAAUGAGUCCAUCUUCAGUGAGUUUGCGGGUUCUACCGAGCCUUCCGAUGAGGGCUCCGGCGAUGUCAAGUACCACUUGGGUAUGAACUUCGAGCGUCCUACUCCCUCCGGUAAGCGUGUGCAGCUGUCUCUGGUUGCCAACCCCUCUCACCUCGAGGCCGAGGACCCCGUUGUCCUUGGAAAGACUCGUGCCAUCCAGCACUACAACAAAGACGAGACCAACUACGACACCGCUAUGGGUGUUCUGCUUCACGGUGACGCUGCCUUUGCUGGCCAGGGUGUUGUCUACGAGACAAUGGGAUUCCACUCCCUUCCGGCCUACUCGACCGGUGGUACCAUCCACCUUGUCGUGAACAACCAGAUUGGUUUCACCACUGAUCCCCGUUACUCCCGGUCCACUCCCUACUGUUCCGACAUUGCCAAGUCCAUCGACGCUCCUGUCUUCCACGUGAACGCUGACGAUGUUGAGGCUGUCAACUAUGUCUGUCAGAUCGCUGCUGACUGGCGUGCCGAGUUCAAGCGCGACGUUGUCAUCGACAUGGUCUGCUACCGUAAGCAGGGUCACAACGAGACUGAUCAGCCUUCGUUCACCCAGCCCCUGAUGUACAAGCGCAUCGCUGAGCAGAAGGCUCAGCUCGACAAGUACGUCGAGAAGCUGAUUGCUGAGGGUACCUUCACUAAGGAGGACAUUGAUGAGCACAAGAAGUGGGUCUGGGGAAUGCUCGGCGACAGCUUCGACCGCAGCAAGGACUACCAGCCCACCGGCAAGGAGUGGCUGACUUCUGCCUGGAACAACUUCAAGUCUCCCAAGGAGCUAGCCAACGAGGUCUUGCCUCACCUGCCCACUGCUGUUGGUGACAAGUCCCUGAAGCACAUUGCUGACAAGAUCGCCGGUACCGGUGUUCCUGAGGGCUUCGAGCUCCACCGCAACCUUAAGCGUAUCUUGAGCGGACGCAAGAAGGCUGUUGAUGAGGGCAAGAACAUCGAUUGGGCCACCGCUGAGGCUCUCGCUUUCGGUUCGCUCGUUGACGAGGGUUACCAUGUCCGUGUUUCCGGUCAGGAUGUUGAGCGUGGUACCUUCUCUCAGCGCCACGCCGUCCUGCACGACCAGCAGACUGAGCGCACUUACACUCCCCUGAAGCACAUCAGUGACAAGCAGGGCAGCUUCGUCAUCUCCAACUCCUCCCUGAGCGAGUUUGGUUGUCUCGGCUUCGAGUACGGUUACUCUCUGACCUCCCCCAACGCCCUUGUCAUGUGGGAGGCCCAGUUCGGUGACUUCGCCAACAACGCUCAGUGUAUCAUUGAUCAGUUCAUCGCCUCCGGUGAAUCGAAGUGGCUGCAGCGUUCCGGUCUGGUUGUGUCUCUGCCUCACGGUUAUGACGGCCAGGGUCCUGAACACUCUUCCGGACGUAUGGAGCGUUGGCUCCAGCUUUGCAACGAGGAGCCCCGUGUGUUCCCCUCGGCUGACAAGCUGGACCGUCAGCACCAGGACUGCAACAUGCAGAUUGCCUGCAUGACCACUCCUGCCAACCUGUUCCACAUCCUCCGUCGCCAGAUCCACCGCCAGUUCCGCAAGCCCCUGGUCAUCUUCUUCUCCAAGUCUCUGCUGCGUCACCCCCUUGCCCGCUCUGACAUUGAGGCCCUAAAUGGCGAGUCCCACUUCCAGUGGAUCAUCCCCGAUGAGGGUCACGGCACCGCCAUCGACGCUCCCGAGAAGAUCGAGCGUGUUAUCCUGUGCUCUGGACAGGUCUACGCUGCCUUGCUCAAGCACCGCGAGGCCAACGGUAUCCGCAACACUGCUAUCACCCGUAUUGAGCAGCUGCACCCCUUCCCUUGGGCCCAGCUGAAGGAGAACCUGGACAGCUACCCCAACGCUAAGGACAUCGUCUGGGCCCAGGAGGAGCCUCUCAACGCCGGUGCCUGGUCCUACGCCCAACCCCGUAUCGAGAGUCUGCUGAACGCUACCGAGCACCACAACCGUCGCCAUGUCCUGUACGCUGGUCGCGCUGGUAGCGCUUCCGUUGCUACUGGUCUCAAGGCCGUCCACCUCAAGGAGGAGCAGGAGCUUCUGGAGGAUGCUUUCUCCGUUCACCAGGAUCACCUGAAGGGCGAGUAA